GGCCCGCCUUGGACAUUGCCGUACAUGGCAAGAGAGAUUUCGCAAUCGGCUCCCCUCCAUGUUCCAAACAAAAACAUCCAAGAGCGUCGACAGACGGAAUUAAAGUACAAACUUUUGUCUCCACGUCGUCAUUUCUGACCGCCAAUUCUCUCUUGUGUCGCCUCGUCAAGGCGCCGUCCACCACUUCCUGUUGGCACUCGUAUACGAGAGGACACCUUAGUUAGUGCGAAUCCAAAUGAGCCGGCCGUCGCAGCCGAAAAUCACGUCUUCAGACCACCACGGUGUGAGCGUCAUCCAGAGUCAGGCCCACGCCGCCGCCGCCGCGCUACUGCAGCAGGUCCCCCAGCUGGUCCCCGCUCACCCGUCAUCCGCAGGUGGCAAGGCAGCCGCGCCGGGCGAGAUGAAGAAGUCGUCGGCGGACAAGGACAGCGACGAGUACCGUCAGCGCCGCGAGCGCAACAACCUGGCGGUGAAGAAGAGUCGCAUGCGCAGCAAACAGAAGGCCAUGGACACGCAGCAGCGCGUCAACCAGCUCAAGGAAGAGAACGAGCGCCUGGAGGCCAAGAUCAAGCUGCUCAGCAAGGAACUGAGUGUGCUCAAAGACCUCUUCUUGGAACACGCCCACAACCUGGCCGACAACGUCCAGCCCCCCGCCGCAGCCCCGGACGACACCAGCCCCGUCCCCAACGGCGGCCAGUGAGGCGCGUUGACCCCCGCCCGCUCUGCCCCCCCAGCUGACAGUCAUGUGACAUCUGCUCAAAAACAGACGCUGACAUUGGCCAGCCUCGUGUCACUGAUUGGUACAAUAGAACAAGACACUGGAGUAGGCGGGCGGAGCCUCACCUUGACGAUUUGUACACUUCUUUUUUCCAAAGCACUCGUCACAAAAGACAUUUUUUUUAGCGACGCCGCUGUGUGAUCGGACGCAGGCGUCUCCUGACACUCAAAACAUUCUCGUCUUUUUCUUUCUCCUUAGCAUGGCUGUCGCUGGAUGUUUAGUAGCAUUGUUCACCGCACUGGGCUAAGUUUAUUAGCAUGUUCUUCAAACGUUAUUUGUCUUAUUAGCAUGUGGAAAAUCACUGCUCAUGUUGUUUAUCAGUCUAUUGAGGUUUGUAAGCAUGUACCCCGACUCACGCCGCUUGCUUCUUUGUUGACUUUUAUGUCAGAUGGUGUGCAGCAGCAGCAUGGCGACCGACGUAAGAGAAUGAAAUGGAAGCUAGUUAGCCACCGUGCUAAUUAGCUUUGUUGGACCAACACAGUCAAAUCCUGUUCAUCUUAUUUAUUUACUGAAUUGAAAAGUGACUCUUUAUAAUGAUUGCUUUCACUUGAUAUUUUCUGUGCUCUGAAUGAACAAAUAAAUGUUGGGUGCAUUUGAUUUUAUCUUCAAAAAAAACUGCCAUCAGUUUUUGUUCUUGAAGCGUCUGCGUAUAAUCAUUUGUUUGAUUGACAUUCUUGGCAUUUUGUUUCAUUGUUGACUUUCUUAGUGUGUCAAAGUUGAACGAGUCUGAGUACUUUAUAGUUGCUGUCCACGCAUGUAAUAAUAAUAAUUAUGUAUAAAACUAUCAAUGAUUGAUUGCUGAUUUUAGUAACUUUGGGAUCUGCCGGUGCUAAAUGAAUCCCUUGGGCAGAUAGACAAUCAAGGUUGCCAGACACCUGUCAACGUUCAUGCACUGAAGUGUAAAGGCACAUUUAAUACAAUACGUUAUUGUUGCUGAUGCCAUAAUUGUCUAAAAAGGGAAGUAUUUCCAUGAUUGUAUCCCAGCAGAGGGCUUGGUGUGUUUACAAGAUGGCGUGAGGACCCUCCUGUUUGUUUCGUUAGCCAAUAAAAAAAAAACCAAGCAAAGACCCAAG